UUAGCCUCGGGUCAGUUUCCCCUCUUCUCCACCAGACUUCAACCUCAAAAUUCGCGCUAUCAUCACACCAUAAACGUCCAAACCAGCAUUUCAUUCACCAUUCAUUCAUCAUAACUAUAAAUAUUACAAUGACUGCAGCUGAAAAGAAGGAAACCAUUGCCCUCAUCGGCUUGGGCACAAUUGGCCUCUCAUUCGCCGCACUGCAUCUACGCUAUUCAAACGCCAACCUCAGACUAUACGACGUCCGGGGUGAUUUGAAGGAGCAUAUCGAAAGCCUCCUACCAGUCUAUCUUGAAUCGACAAAGAAAGAAAGUUCUCAGGCUGAUCUUGAAGUCGAAAAACUCGUUUCUGAUGGCCGAUUGCUUGUAUGCUCUUCGAUCGAGGAAGUCUGCUCUGGCGCAACAAUCGUUCAAGAGCAAGGACCUGACAGCUUGGAUUUCAAAAAGUCGAAUUGGGCUGAAGUCGUCAAAUACGCACCCUCAAAUGCUCACUUGUGGAGUUCCACGUCUGGGAUAAGUGCAUCGAGACAGGUGGAGGAUCUGGAAGACAAGACUAGGGUGCUCGUAGUUCACCCUUUCAAUCCUCCUCAUAUAAUGCCAUUGAUUGAAGUAGUCCCCUCACCCCGUACAGAACCAGAACGAACUCAGUUCGCUAUCGACUACUUCAAGAAUCUCGGCUCUGGUCAUCGCCCCGUCAGAAUCAACAAAGAAGUACAAGGUUUUGUCGGAAACCGUCUAGCAUUCGCCUUGUUCCGCGAAGCCUGUCAUCUAGUCUCAAACGACGUUGUAUCAGUCGAGGACCUUGACACUAUCGUUGAGGCUAGUAUAGCGCCACGCUGGGCAGUAGCUGGACCGUUCAAGACAUACAACAGUGCCGGUGGAACUGGUGGAAUCGGAGUGUUUCUUCAUAACUUGGCUGAUACCAUGGAAGCCUGUUGGGAUGAUGCAGGUGAUAUCAGUCUGAAGGGGACCUCUGCAACUAAAGCUAGUCAAGGAACUGAUUGUGGGGACUGGACGAAUAAGAUCACCAAGGAAACGGAACAAACUUACGGUAAACCUACGGCAGAGUCACUGGCAGAGCGCGAUCGAAACUUGCAGAAGCUCAUAGCAGCUCAACCAAAAGUAGAUUAGUGUUAUGACUCACUCAUGGAUGAUGCAACAUAGUGUCUGUCAUCAAUAAGUUUAUGUUUAUAUGUCAAUGUCAGACAUGAAAGCGGUUCAGCAACUAAGAACACCCUCUUUCGUCCAAUUCAGCCCGGACCGGAUAGGUACUGAAAACUCCAUCUUCAUCAUUCCAUUCCCGCCAUGUAAGCUGUUCUUCUGAAGUACCUCCGUAAUCUUCCACCUCGCCAGUCUUUCCGGCCUUGCCACGACCUGAUAUUUUCCAACCCAUCGCCACUGGACCGUUGACCCCUCUUUUCUUGUCAUCGUAGGCGCUUGAAGGACAUGCCGAUCCUCGGAAAUGGCCAGGUCUGCAGCGCAGCGUUGAUUCUGAAC